AACAUGUGAUAAUUCCGUAUUUAGCUGAUUGGUUUACGAAAAAUCUUUUCGCAAAACCUUGAAAAAACAAAACAUCGAAUCAAUUUACACAAUAGUUUCCAGUAGCGACAACAACAGCAAGAUCAUGUCAUUUCCACGAAAAGAACAGCGUUUAAAGUGUUAUUCAGCUCGUGAUCAAUUCUGGUCAUGUUUAGAUCAACAUUAUGAUGGCCAUCAAAAAAAUGCUAGUGAUGAAAUACCGACUGAAUGUCAAAAAUUGAAGACAUUGUUCGAAACCGAAUGUCCCCAACAAUGGACUCAACAUUUCAAUCGUAAAUAUCAAUAUCUUAAAUUCAAACAAAAAAUUGAAACCGGUUAUGAACCAAUCGAUGAUGAUGAUCAUAAAUGAAUAAUGUCAAUUGAGUGAUUUUAUUGAUUAAAAUGU